AACAGCUGAACAACAUUUUUCAUUACGCAGUAGCUAUUUAUAUCAAAAAAUCAAAACAACAAAACAUCAUAAAAAAACAGAGACGUAAAGCUAGACGACUAUGGACUGCCAGCGGAAGUAGGACUGUUUGUCAUGUGACACCAUCAAAUUGUGUAAAAAAAGUGUGAACGAUUUUGACUGACAAUUGAAGGGAUUGAAAACGAGGUUUUAUAUAUAGAACAUUCAAAGUCAGAAAUACUGCGUUUACAAUACAAUUGACAUUUAUUUUAACAACAGAAAGAAACCAUGAAGUGGCAAUUUAAGGAGGAAACGCCGGAAGAGCAACGAUUAGCAGAAUCGUCCAAGAUUCGUUCAAAGUAUUCAGACCGGAUUCCAGUGAUUGUACAGAAGGCUGCGAGGUCACAGAUACCGGAAAUAGACAAGAGAAAAUUCCUUGUGCCAGCGGAUAUAACUGUGGCUCAGUUUAUGUGGAUCAUACGUAAAAGAAUUCAACUACCACCAGAGAAGGCUGUGUUUCUAUUCGUUGGGAAAGUACUGCCACAGACAAGUGCAACGAUGAGUCAAAUAUACGAGUCACACAAAGACGUCGACGGUUUCCUGUAUGUUUCUUACAGCGGAGAGAACACAUUCGGCUCAUCAUGAAGUCCAUCACAGCCGCCGAACAUUCCGUGGAAAUGUAAAUAAGUAAAUAAGAUUUAGUAAAAAAAAAAGAUCGAUUU